UUAAAAAUUAAACCACAUUAGUUGCUCACGCGACCUCGACUUUUGUGGAAACACUUUUGUGUCUUCCUGGCUCGCAGUGCAAAUCGUAGGAUUUUUUCAAUUCGUUAUCAAAAUUUGUCUAUAGCAUGCAUUUUCAAUAAGAAUCGGAAAUCUAUCUUUUCACGUUACAACCAUGAAGUGUGCCAGUGUUGAGGAAGAAUACCGGAAAUAUCCGCAGUUACAAAAAAGUGAAGUAGAAAAAUUUAUAGAAUGGUCGAAGCAACAGAAACAUUUACCCGAUAUAUCCGAAUUUUGGGCGUGUUGCUUCCUUCAUGCAUGCAAAUUCAGCUUGGAAGUGGCAAAGCAAACGUAUGACCUGCAUUGCACUACAAGGACUGUCUGCCCGGAUUUUUUUUCAUCGCGGGAUAUCUUAGGAAAGGAUAUGAUUGACACUAUGAAUACAAUUGCUUUCUAUCCAAUACCGAAAAAAACCUCGGAAGGAGACAAAAUUUUUAUUAUAAAACUAUUGGAUGUGGAUCCGGGAAAAUUUAACUUUGCACAUUGUGUGAAAUUGUGUACUAUGUGCAUCGAAUUAUGGCAAUAUCAAGAAGGAAUAGCUGAUGGAAUUAUACUAGUGUUUGAUAUGAAAGGUGCGCAGUUUGGACAUGUCACCCGCAUCCCCCCAUUUCAACUAAAAAAGUUUAUAUUCUACUUACAAGAAACCCCACCAGUACGUUUGAAGACUAUACACUUCAUAAAUGCCCCUUCAUUCGCUGACAAAGUUGUGGCAUUGAUGCGUCCUUUUACGAAAAAGGAAUUAUUGGAACAACUUUUGCUUCAUUCAAAAAUGGAUACGUUUUAUAAAUGCGUCCCAAAAGACUUACUUCCAGUAGAAUAUGGAGGAAAUGGUGGAAGUAUAGAUGAAGCCUAUCCACAAAUUUACGCUAACGCCAAAGAAAAUAGAGAAUUCUUUCUUGAAGAGGAGCGCACUGGAAGGACCAAUGAAAAGCUACGCGAAGGAAAACCAAAGGAUGCCUCUGAUCUGUUUGGAGCCGAAGGAAAUUUCAAGAAAUUGGAACUCGACUAGCUUAGAUAUUGUUUGUGAAAUUGAUCUAUUUUAAAUACACAUCACUUACAAAUAAUAA